AAUAACUGUGGCGCCACGUAUGCAGGAGUUCGGAUUCACAGAAUGAGAAAGAAACGUAGUUUAGUACAGUAUUGCUGCGUAUAGGUGUACGAAUGAUCAGUGCAUUUAGAGAACCCCCACAAGCGACCUUUACUUGGGUGUAAACUAAGGCUUGGAUAGUUAAAACAAAAAUAAAUUGCAAAGUUGGUAGUGGUUCUAACGGAAGUUAACUACGGUUCGCUCAAAAGCAAACCAAGGUAGUCAAGAAGUUUGCAAAACGGUGGAGAAGAUGAGUCAAACCGAUAAAGAUCAACAAGAAGUCCCUUCAUAUCUUGGUGAUGAACCAUCAGAAGAUUCUAAUAAAGAUCACCCACAACUUCAGCCAGGAAUAUUUUCCCGUGUUACUGGGGGGAUCUUCAGUGUGACAAAGGGAGCCGUUGGGGCCACAAUAGGAGGUGUUACUUGGAUUGGAGGCAAGAGCUAUGAGGUGACCAAGACAGCCGUGACAUCUGUGACAUCGGUGCCGGCCAUGGGAGCCGGGCUUGUGAAAGGGGGCGUCUCUGCAGUGGCUGGUGGGGUGUCAGCAGUGGGCUCUGCUGUGGCUAAUAAAGUACAUCUAACUGGCAAGAAGAAAGACAAGUCUGACUGAAGGAGGAACAACAUGAAAUUGAUGCAGCAACAUUUUUCAGGGCCUUUGGGGAGGCGAGAUUAUUAUUAUUAUUAUAUUUAUAUUUAUUAUUAUUAUUAUAUUUUUUUUUUUUUUUUUUUUUUUUUUUCAACAGAAACAGCUGUGGCAAAAACUGUCAGAAGAAAUUGGGGUAAAAAAAAAGCCAUAUGUUUCAGGACACUUUAAACAUACAGAAUGGCUGUGCUAAGAUAAACCAGCCAUUUCAACUCACGGGAGGCCAAGUGACUGUAUGUAAUUUCCAGAUAGUGCUGUUCUGUUAAGGGCACAGUCUUAAAGAUGUGUAUUAUUAUGAUAAAAUGAUUAUUGUUACAAUUUUCAGAUAAUUUGUUGAAGAAAACGAAAAACAUUUGUAGUGUCAUCUGUGUAUUUGCUUAACACGUGCCAGACUUUUUGCUGUCCAGAAAAAAAUGAACAGAAAAUAAAAAAGAUAGCAUUAUAGUGUAAAUGUACGUACUUUCAUAUAUCUAUGCAAAGUGUUUCAAAGUUUUCAUGCAAUUUAGAAGUGUUUGCCUAACUCCAUGCUUGCAAAUCAUCAUGCUCAUUAAUUCAUAGUUGGUGUAUAUUUUCAAGGAACAGUGUGGUAUAAAAAUCUGUAACUGCUUUUUGUUCCUGCACCAUUAUGAAGCUGAAAACUAAAUUUCAGAUCAAUUCAGUAAGUUAUUGGGAAGUCAUAAGUCACAGGCUUUCAUAGCAACAUAUUUAGUAUAAUAAAUCAAAAUGACCUGGUGGUUAGAGCUAAAGGACUGGGAGCUUGUUUUUAUUCACUGCCUUACUCUGUGACCUUAAGAGUCCCAUUAUAACUUUUUUUUUUUUCAACUGUAGAUGAUAAACGAAGGUCAAACAUGUACUAAUUUGUUUUUCUUGAAGCACUCUCAUUCAGUACUCAUGUUUUUGAUUGUUAUUCUGACGGUGGAUUUAAAAGUACUUGUCUGAUGGCCUACACUGUACAAUACUGGUGACAUUGAAGAAAUGUCACCCUCACCACUUUGAAGAUACAGCACAAAUCACAAUAGCUGUACAUACCAUAGUUUUGACAAUGUAAAGAAAAAUGUCAAAUGUACCCACUGCAAUUACAAGUUCAGUAGCUGUCAAUAUCAAUGAGUGUUUUCGUGCAAUUUAGUAUUGGUAUUCCAUUCCAUAUAUAUAUACUUUUUUUUUUUUCCUUGUGAUGUAUGAAUAAAUUGCAUGUAUUCCUUUUUCUAAA